GAAUAAAACAACAAUAACACUAAAAUUCUACUUGUGUUUUUUUAUUAUCGCCCUCAGUUUAGUCUGUCAGGCGGAAUUUCCGCUCAGGCUGGGUUCCGCCUCCACCGAGUCUCUCCAGUCCAGUGAGCGAUACUUUAGUGAGGACUGGACUGGAGCCGUGGUUCGGCCCAGUUACAGUGAAGGAAGUGGGUCUUUUACGCACAGGAAGUAGAAACCCCUGACAGUCACAGCUCAGGGCAGGAAACUCCCACAGAGUCCACAGCAGCGGCUCUCCACGUCUUCCUGCGCGUCCUGAAGUUGCCACGACUGCACAGCAGCAUGAUGUGGAGGCUGGUAAGCUGCACACUGUGCCUCUUUAUGUCCUCACAGCUCGGGCUGUCGUCUGUCUGGGCGGCAGCAGACGAGCUGGAGGGCGAGGUGAAGAUUGAAGUUCUGUUCAAACCCGAGGAGUGCAGUCCAAAGAGCAAAAGAGGAGAUCUGCUGAACGCCCACUACGAUGGAUACCUCGCCAAAGACGGGUCUCAGUUCUACUGCAGUCGAUCAGAUAAGGACGGCCACCCUCAGUGGUUCGUGCACGGCGUUGGACAAAUCAUCAAGGGCCUUGACAUUGGGAUGAAAGAUAUGUGUGCUGGAGAGAAACGAAAGAUAACCGUUCCACCUGCCCUGGCCUUCGGAGAAAAAGGCAAAGAUCCAGUGCCGCCCAACGCCACGGUGGUCUUUGAGGUGGAGCUUUACUCGGUGUCCAAGGGACCACGCAGCAUGGAGGCUUUCGGAAGGAUGGACCUCGACAAAGACAGAAGUCUUACAAGGGAGGAGGUGAAGGAAUACCUGAAGCUGGAGUAUGAAAAAGGUGGGAAGCCUCGUGACGACCCGUUCUACCAGAGGAUAAUUGAUGAUAUAUUCCGCAAGAGUGACAACGACAGAGACGGGACGAUCAGCUCGAAGGAGUAUAAUAUUUAUGAGCACGAUGAGCUCUAGUAUUGGAUCGAGUGGUUAAUUUUUUUAGUGUGUGUGCUUUGAUAGAUUAGAGAGAAAGUAAGAGGAAAUAAAGGGAAAAUCCACCGUCAGAUCGUCUGACACAGGGAGAUACCAACUUUUUUGAGUACUUUCUGGGUGUUAGUUUGUGAUUCAUUAUUUUGUGAUUCAUUUCAGUUCAUAGUUUCCUACUUUUCCAGAGUGCCUUUUAGAAAAAAAAAAGCCCUGUGUGCAUUUUAGCCUGGCUCUUCUUCUUCUAUGGCUGAUUUUAGCCAGACUUUUGGAUAUUAGCAUCAGUCUGACAGCGUGAACAUCGAGAGAGGUCUUGUGUCUUUGAGUGACUGACAUUUUUGCAAAUCUAUUGGAAUUCAUUUUGGUGUGAAACACAUUGUCUAUAGGUCCUGAAAAAAUCUUAAAUUUGAAUUUGUGAGUUCUUAAUAGUCGCUUGUGUUUGCCCGUCAGUGUCAAAGUCCACAUUUCUGAUUACAAAUCUUUAAACCACUGCUUCCCUCUAUUGGGCUACUGGAGUUAAAACACGCACUCGUCAUCAUUGUCCUACAUAGAAAACCUACCGCUGAAGGGAACCACAUUUUGUACAUAUUUCUUACCUUCAUAAAUAUCUGCAGUGCUUGGAUAAGUAAAGGAGGAUUUGUCCAAAAGUGUCUGCUACCUGUAGACACCCUGUUAAAAGAACAGCAGCCGUCAGUAUCAAGCCGCCUUGUGUGUGUGUGUUUGACCGAUAAUCCAAGAAAAAGAUACGAAAACACCAAACGCUUAAAUGGUAAAAUGAGGAAAACAUUGUUGAGGAUUCAGCUCAAGUGUUAAACAGUUUCUGGGUGGAUUUUCCCUUUAAAAGCCAGACAGGAAAUAACUGUGUUUAAUAUUUGGAGUCCUCAACAUCUUUCCAAGAGCAAUCUCCAACACCUGAGGAGUCUUUGACUUUUGUACAAAUACCACUGAAGUUGUGCAUUUGAAAUAUUUCAUUUCUGCCUUUAAGCUUUGUCAGCACAAAUGUUCAGCACAAAGAAGAAACCACACGAUUGCACAACGUUCUGGAAUCAGUGGCUGGAAACUGUCAGAUGAGAUUUCAGCGUAAAAUAAGUGACUGCAAAGAUAUUUUCUUCCCCACUUAAGAGUGCACAGUAAUAUUUACAUGCCUGAAAGGGAAUAAAUGUGGCUGUGACGGAGGUGUUUGAUUAUAAUUGUUGAUGAAAAAGCACAUGAAUGUGUAGUCGUGGUUUGUCAGACAUGUUUACAAGUUUUGUGUGUGGUUAAAAUCAUGAUAAUUAUCAGUAUCCAGCUGAACAAUUGUUGUAUUCAUUAACAAAAAUAAAUAAGUCACACUUUGCGUGGAAAACUA